CCAAAUGAAGAAUCUGAUUUACUCGUAACUGUAACGAAGUUUGUUUAUAUUUUUUUUAAUAAAUCCUGAUGUUUGUCAUUUGUGUAAUGUUUUGAGUUCUUGUCUUUAAAUCUGCAAUAAUUUUGUACAACAAUAUAAUGCUGCCGAAUUAACAUUUUUAAUGUUAUUUGGAAGUUGUCAUUGACAAUAUAUUUGGUGAAAGCUUUAAACUCGGCGUUAGAUUUAUUUAAGAAAUAUCCAAAUAAGCAAUUUAUUCUGAUUUACUUUACCCCCCCCUCCCAAUCUUUAUCUCAUUAUUAAUCAUAAUGACAACUUGAUUCUCAACUGAAUAAAAGGUGGCUUUCUGAGAUAUCCUGAUGUAUUACAAGGAUUGAAUUUUUUAAUCAUGAUAAAAUAAAUUAAGAGGAUAAAACAAAUUAAGAGGGUAAUUGUCACUGAUUUGACUUCAUCUGUUUUAUUAACAGAAGAUCUGUUUUGAAUAUAUUAGAUGGAGAGUUCUGUCAAAGCUAAUGAAAAACCAUUGGUUAGUGAUCUGGGUAUGGAAACCUUUGAAACUGAUACACAUGUCAAAAUUGGAAAUAGCAUUGGUGAAAAUACUUUCAAAUGUGAUAUCUGUGGGAAAUCAUUUUCUCAAAAACGUUAUUUAAAACGUCAUGUGGAUAUUCAUAAAGAAGAAAAGAUUUUUAGUUGUAAUGUAUGUGAUAAGUUAUUUGCUCAGAAACGUUGUUUAAAUGAACAUUUUCGUAUUCAUGCAAAAGAAAAACUUUUUGUUUGUAAUGUAUGUGAUCAGACAUUUUAUAAAAAAUUUCAUCUGAAUCAGCAUUAUCGUUGUCAUACAAAUGAAAAACCUUAUUCAUGUAAUGUAUGUAAUAAUGAAUUUUCUCAGAAAGAAACUUUAAAGAAGCAUCUUCGUAUUCAUACAAAUGAAAGACCAUAUUCAUGUGAUGUGUGUAAUAAGAAAUUUUCUCAGAAAUAUUCCUUAAGUGUGCACUUUCGAACUCAUACGGAUGAAAAACCCUUUUCAUGUAAUAUAUGCCAUAGAGCAUUUGCACAAAAAUGCCAGUUAAAUGUUCAUUCUCGAAUUCAUUCAAAUGAAAAACCUUAUUCAUGUGAUUUGUGUAAUAAGGAAUUUGCUCAGAAAUAUUAUUUAAGUCUGCAUAUCCGAACUCAUACAAAUGAAAAGCCAUUUCCCUGUGAUAUAUGUAAUAAAGCAUUUACUCGGAAAAAUAAAUUAAAUGAGCAUUAUCGAACUCAUACAAAGGAAAAGCCUUAUUCUUGUGAUGUAUGCAGUAAACAAUUUUCUGCAAAAGGAAUGGAUGGCAAUUUUCCUCAUUUUUACAUGCUAUCUAUUUUAAAUGGUUGGACUAUUUAACUUUAAAAACUUUUUUCCAAAGUUUGCUGCUCUGGGAAUUGCACACAUAAGUGAUUUGCCUUUUUUAUGUAUGUGAAUAUUACUAGUCCAAGAAUUUUUUUUAUAUGUCUAAUUUGAUUUGAUGAUAUAGAAUGUUAGGAAAUUAUAUAUUAAAAACUAGUUUCUUAUACCAGAUAAAUAGUAUCUUACUAACCAAAACAGGUACUUACAAAAGAUUCUGAAAACUGUAUAUAUCAUUCUCUUUAAUUUUGUAUACAUUACCAGGAAACUAUAGCAUCUUGAUGAACAACUUAGUAUUUCAU